UCGAUCGCUUGCUCGGCCGUCUCCUGCUUCUGCCUGGCCGUUGCUAGGGAGAAAGGGGACGCGCGCCGAGGCCCCUCAGAAUGGCCUCAGCGCAGGCGCCUGGGUGCAGCUGAGCGGCCGAGGGCAUCCACUACGGGCCUAGCUCUCUGUCUUUUUUGGAGUUUCUCCUCUUCUGGGCCCAAGCCACGGAAUUUAUUGUCCUCCCGGGACGGGGGAGAAAACGAGGUGUAGGUCUGAGGAGAAAGAUGGAGUCAGGAAAGAGAAGAACCAAAGAUGACACUUGGAGAACUGAAGACCUCAAGAAAUACCUUCGGGCAUCACAGUCAGAUACUCAAAAAGAAGAAAAGAAACACAGAGAAAAGAAAGCACAUAGAGAUUCAGAAAUGAGUGAAUUGUUUGAAUACAAAGAGUAUAAACACAAAGAUCAAGAAAAAGAAACACUAAAAAGCAAAGAAUCUGGGAAAGGAUUUUAUGGUGAUAGAGACAGAGAUAAACAAAAAGAAAAGAGAAAAGAAACAAAAGAACGAGAGAGAGAAAAAAAUAAAGAGAAACAUCGUGAACAGGAUGCUGAGAAGGAAAAAUAUCACCGAAGCAAGGAUAAAGAAAAAGAGAAAGAGAAAAAAAUUAAGAAAGAAGAUAUAAAGCAAACUGUUAGUCCACAUCAUAUUAAGGGAUUUGAAAUGCGAGAUAAAGAUGUGGAAAAAUUGGACAGGAAGGUUUUUUCAGGUAUUAAAGGAAAAGAGAAAGACAAAGAACCAAAAGAUGAUCCUGAAAGAAGAGAUGAUGACAAAGAAAAGAAGUAUCGAGAAAAGAAGUAUGGUGAAAAUAAAGAAUUUACUCUCAGAUAUUAUCUGCAUAAAGAAGAUGGAGAAAAAAAGCACAAGAAACAAGAACAAGAGAAGAAACAUAAGGACAGAGAAAAAAGCAACUCUAGGGAAAAAAAAGAAAAAACAUCAAAAGAAAAAAGCACUUCAAUCAAUGAUAGGGAUAUGGAAGAAAAACAUAAAGACAAACGGCAUAAAGAAGGAGUUAUUUUUGAGGAUGAAAGACCAAAAUAUUUUGCAGACAAGAAAGAAAAAGUAUCUAAAGAAGAGCAUAGAAAGAAAAGAGAUUCUAAGACUAGUGAACACAGAAGUGGAGGAAUAAAUUUCAAAAGAGAACAUAUAUCUGGCAGCCAGCGUGUAGAGAAUUUAGGAAAGACUGGUGGAAAGGAAAACAAAGACACAAAAAGAAAGCAAUCUGGUGAUGAAGGACUGUCAGUAUGGAAAUCUGCUCGAAGACAGUCAAGUGAGGACACUGAGGAUAUUGAAAAGGAAGACAUUGAUUUAGAAAAUGAUGGUGCUGAUGACUAUACUGCAAAUUAUGAAGAUGAUUUUGAAGACUAUGAAGAUGAUUUUGAUAAUUGUGAUGGUGAUGGUAAUGGAAAAGAUAAUGAUGACGAUGAUGAUGACGAUGAUGAUGAUGAUGACAAUGGUAAUGGUGGUUAUACUGAAGAUCAGAGAAAGGAAAGAGAUGAAGAAAUUCCUCUAGCUAGGAAAAUGGAGAUACAAGAAAUCCAAAGAGCCAUUCAUGCAGAAAAUGAAAGAAUUGGCACAUUACCUUCAAAACAAAUUCAAAAGCAAUUUCAAUCAGAAUUUGAAAAAGAACCAAGAACAGAAGCAAAAGAAUCCCCUUCUAGAGGCUCUCUCUGUGGAAUAUUUAUGGACUUUGCUGCAGCUUCACAGCGACAAAGUUGUCGGAAUCAUGCCCUUAAACAACGGACACGCAGCGCAAAGUUACUUCGACUGAUUGACUUGGAUUUUUCAUUUAGUUUUUCUCUCUUGGAUCUGCCACCAGUAAAUGAAUAUGAUAUGUACAUAAGAAACUUUGGUAAAAGAAAUACCAAGCAGGCAUAUGUUCAAUAUAAUGAAGAUAAUGUUGAAAGAGAUAUUCAAACUGAUGAAAUAGAAACCCAUGAAGUAUGGACCCAGCAUCCUGGUGAAAGUACUAUUGUAUCAGGAGGUACUAAAAACAGCAGAGAUAUGUCUGAUGGUACAUAUGUAACAAAGAUUGAUACACCAAGGUUAGCUAAUUUUCUCCGAGCUGCUUGUCAGGUGAUUGCUGUAUUACUUGAGGAAGAUCGUGCUGCAACUGAACCUAAUUGGAAUCUCAGGUCUCAAGAAAAUGCCCUUAAUAUUAGUGAAAGCUGUGCCCAGAUGAACACUAACCUAUCGUUCCUACAAAAUCGAAAAGUGUCCUCUUUACAUAUUUCUCAAAUUCAGAGACAGACUUUAGUUUCUGUUCAUGAGUUACCUGAAAAGCCAUUCUCUGAUAUACUGGAUAAAAGAUACAUUCUCUGUGUAUGGGAUAUUUGGCAGCCUUCUAGCCCUCAGAAAGUUUUAAUCUGUGAAUCAAAGGUCAUGUGCUGCUGUUUUAGCCCUUUUAAAGCAAUUUUAUUAUUUGCUGGAACAAUCCAUGGCUCAGUAGUUUUAUGGGAUCUACGAGAGGACUCCAGGAUGCAUCACUAUGUGAAAUUAAAAGAUUGUGUUUGGACAUUUAGGACAGCGACAUUUUCUACUGAUGGUGUUCUUACUGCAGUAAACCACAGAAGUCCUGUUCAGUCAAUAGAACCUGUUUCAACAUCUGUCUACAAAAAACAAAAUUUUGUGCUCUCACCUUUCUCUAAUCAAGAAGAAAUAUCUGGUUUGUCAUUCCACAUUGCUUCAUUGGAUGAAAAUGGAAUUCUUAAUAUAUGGGUGGUGGUUGAACUAUCAAAAGUGGAUUUUGCAGGUUCCCAAAGUGAUCUAGGUUUAAUACCGGGAGGGAAGAUAAAGCUGGUGCACAGUUCUACAAUUCAGUUGAAUAGCAGCUUUCCCCCUAAAGUUAACACAAGUUUGAAGCCCAUGCAGACACUUAUUGUUAAGUUUUUGCCUUCAGAUCCUAAUCGUUUCAUUAUUGGCACAGAUAUGGGUGUUAUAAGUCAUGGGGCAAGACAUGAUUCGAAAGUGUCUCCAAAGCUUUUCAAACCCCAACAACGUGAAGAAAGACCAGUGAAAGUUACUGUGAUUGACUUUUCACCAUUUGGAGAUCCAAUGUUUUUGGCUGGCUGUUCAGAUGGAAGCAUUAGAUUGCAUCAACUAAAUUCUGAAUAUCCAAUUUGUCAGUGGAAUGACACCACAAAUGGUCAGGCAGUUAUUGCCUUAAAAUGGACUCAGACAAGACCUGCUGUGUUUUUGGUCCAAGAUGCUAUUUCUAAUAUUUACAUUUGGGACCUAUUAGAAAAUGAUCUGGGACCUGUAGCCAAACAACUCAUCUCCCCAGAUAAGCUCAUAGCUGCAACAGUCAUGGGUGAUCCAGAAAAGACAAACAGAUUCCUUGGUCUGGCACUGGCCAGAACAUCUGGGAUGAUUGAAAUCCAGUACCUAAAGAAGAAAUGGGCAUCACCCAAGAAGGAGGAACAGAAGAAACUGCGUUUGCUUUUGCAGGAUGUCCUCUAGAAAUGGGGGGGAAAUGGAAAAACAAGGGAUUCAUAAAUGAUGAGCAUUACCCAGAGAAUUUUUAUUCAAUGAUUAAAAUGCAUUAGGUGUUACUAAGAGGUAUAUACUUUAAUAGCUAAUACAUCUAUAUGCAUGUAUAUUUCUGUAAAUAGAAUUUAUAUACGUAUAUAUAUAUAUUUUGUAUAUAAUUCAUUUUACUAUUGACUUCAGCAUUUCUACUAAAAUCAAUAUUUUUGAACAGAAAAAGAAAUGACACUUUCAUAUCUAUUGAACUUAAAAGGAAAUACAUAUUAUAGUCACUCUCAGCGUGUUGUUUAUGAAGAAUCUUUGUAUAUAUAUUUUUCAGAAUAGUUCUAAAAUAUGAUCAUCAGAUUUAUCACUGGUUUUUAAAUCAUCUACCAUGAAAUGAAUUUUAAUGGACUAUUUCUUAUUCACACAAAAAUAUCUAUGUCUAUCCAAAUUAAAAGCAGUUCUACUGUUGAAA